AUGGGUCGUGGAGCAUACAUCAACGGACGCUAUGUGGCAAACGCAGGGGCUAAAGGAGGAGGGAAGUCUGACGGGCGCGGGCGCGACGCGACCGGCCGGACGGUUGGCUGGGCGGGAGAUGGUGAGGAUCGACAGCAGUGGCAGCGCAAGCCUGGUGACGAGGACAUCGACCUCGAGCGGAAGCUGGCUGCCAUGUUUUUGGUUGCAAAGGCAGCAUGGAGCGAGCCGCUCCCCGAAGAAGACUUGAAUGUUCAGGCGGUGAGGCAGCUCAAGAAGAUGCUGCUCUUCUGCGGACUCCUCACCUUUGCCUCCGUGGCUUUCGGCUUCGGAGGUCGCUCUUUGCCCUCGCCGUGGAAGGAGCUCGUGUACACAGGGGGGUUCGCCUUGGCUCCCAUUGGGCUGUGGCUGUUCGCACUGCGGCUGCUUCCUGCGAAUCUCCGUACGCCACGCACAGUACCGAUGCCUAGAUGCGAAGACCGCGUUUGGGCGCAGGUCACCUACGCGCUUCUUCAGACAGCGCCGCUCCAGUUUAAGAAAAUCAAGGUCUCUGUGGGACCUGAUGGCAGCGGGUGCAUCACUGUUCAGGCACCAGCACCAUCGUGCAAUGUCAGUGUGUCCUCCAGCUCGAGCUGCAGCUGCUGCUUGGCAGACUUCACCACGGAGUCCCAACUUGCCGUCCUCCGCUGCGGACACUACUUCUGCGAGACCUGCAUCACCGAAUGGGCGAUCUCUGGUCACGCGAAGUCUCGCUUCUGCCCGGUUUGCCGUGCCGACUUUGGCAUCGAGCCAGCUUAG